UGCAGGCGUACAAUCAUGAGCAGCUUACGACACUCAGUGAACACUAGGUGCCUCUGCAUGCUCUAGCAACAUACUGCUCAGCUGAAGGGAAGGGAUUCUUGCUGUCUCUCUCUGCUCUAAGCAUCACCUAACAAGCAAAGCGAACAAAGAAUGGGAAAUAAAGCUACCCUUAGCCGGUCAGUGAAUGAAUGGUAAUCUCUCUAUGGAGUAAAGGUUGUGCCGGUCAAUGGUCGUUGCAAAUGAUGGACAUUAAACAGAUUGACAAAUCCUGUGGAGUCGUUAGUAAAGAGUUUGGAGUUUUUUUCACGCCACAGUGUUAACUGCAGAGAAAAGGACAGAGGGAGAAGGAGAAGAUCAAGCUCAUGUACAUAGUUCUGAAACUUGCAGGUCCUAGGAGUCAGCUAAAAAGCUAGCUGGACAAGCCUUUCGCUCUUUGAGCAGAAGCGAAGUGAGACAUUGUGAGCUUGCCAGCCUUGCACAAAAUUGAAAGGGACUGAAUUUGUAGCACAGAGGGGUCUUUUUUAGCUCUGCAUAUAAUUAGUCCAAACACAAAGGAAGCAACUGAAUGGAGGUUGUCAUUCUCUGGAAAAGGGUGGGUAAGACACUUUUUAAUUAAAUUCUUUCAUGAAGAAAGAUUUUUUUUUUUCUUUGCUGCAGCAUUUAACAUGAACAAAAUCACUAUCAUUUUACCUUUGAAUGUCUGUGAACUUUAAUGCUGCACAGCUCCUGCAUGCUGUAAAGUGAAAUAUUUGCCUCUGUGUUUGUUCUGUUUGCUGUUUUGCUUUGGUUUUCUGGCUUGGUUUUGGGUUUUGGUUUGGGUUUUUUUUUUUCCCUUAAAUAAAAUAUGAUGUAGAAUUUGAAAAGAUUCAAUGGACAUUCUCAAGCAUAUUUGGAAAUAUUCUUGCUAAUGGAUUUCCUUCUUAUUGGUCUCUGUUUAAACUGGCUGCUGAGGAAGCCCCCGGGGUUGAUAUUGUGUACGCUGGGUAUCUUUUCUAAAAUGCUUCCAGCCGUGAAUAGUGGGUGUCCACAGCUAUGUCGGUGUGAGGGCAGGCUUUUGUACUGUGAAUCACUGAAUCUUACAGAGAUGCCUCGCAACCUGUCGGGCAUGAUGGGCUUGUCUCUGCGGUACAACAGCCUUUCAGAGCUGCAUGAUGGACAGUUCACAGGGUUAAUGCAGCUCACGUGGCUCUAUCUGGAUCACAAUCACAUUUGCUCAGUGGAGGGGAAUGCCUUUCAAAAAUUGCGGCGAGUUAAAGAGCUCACCCUGAGUUCCAACAAAAUAACCCAACUGCCCAACACUACUUUCCGACCCAUGCCAAACUUGCGCAGUGUGGAUUUAUCAUACAACAACCUACAGUCUUUGGAGCCUGACCUGUUUCACGGGCUGAGAAAACUAACAACUUUGCACAUGCGGUCGAACGCCAUCAAGUUCGUGCCAGUGAGAAUUUUUCAGGACUGUCGCAGCCUGAAGUUUCUAGACAUAGGAUACAAUCAGUUAAAGAGCCUGGCUCGAAACUCUUUUGCAGGCUUGUUCAAACUCACUGAGCUGCACCUCGAGCACAAUGACUUGGUGAAGGUGAAUUUAGCCCAUUUUCCCAGGCUCAUCUCCCUGCACUCUCUCUGCUUGCGAAGGAAUAAAGUUACCAUCGUAGUAAACACUUUGGACUGGAUAUGGCAACUUGAAAAAAUGGAUCUCUCCGGCAACGAAAUCGAAUACAUCGAACCUCACGUUUUCGAAAGUGUACCUCACCUCAAAUCCCUGCAGCUGGACUCCAACCGGCUGACCUACAUCGACUCCCGAGUCCUCGACUCCUGGAAGUCCCUCACUAGCAUCAGCCUUUCUGCAAACGCCUGGGACUGCAGCCGUAACGUUUGCGCCCUGGCCUCCUGGCUGAGCAACUUCAAGGGUCGCUACGACAGCAAUCUGCUCUGUGCCACCCCUGAGUACGCACAGGGCGAGGAUGUUUUGGACGCGGUGUACGCUUUUCACUUGUGUGAAGACUCGGCAGACCCAACGAGCUUUAACACCUUCUCCCCGGUAACGAACAACAGCGACCAAACGUUCGGCUACGGCUCCGCCACCGCCACGUACGACGUGCAGGACAGCGAAGGGGACCAAACGACCUACGCCAUAACCGUGACCAUGCCCGGUGAGAACUCGGAGAACGCCGUUCAGAUUCACAAGGUGGUGACGGGGACCAUGGCGCUGAUUUUUUCCUUCCUCAUCGUGGUUUUAGUGUUGUACGUCUCCUGGAAGUGCUUUCCAGCCAGCUUAAGGCAACUAAGACAGUGCUUUGUAACACAGCGCAGAAAGCAGAAGCAAAAACAGACCAUGCAUCAAAUGGCUGCCAUGUCAGCCCAGGAGUAUUACGUUGAUUACAAACCCAACCACAUUGAGGGAGCCCUGGUGAUCAUUAAUGAGUACGGAUCUUGUUCCUGUCACCAGCAGCCAGCGAGGGAAUGCGAGGUGUGAUUUUCCUUGGGGAUUUAAACAGUGUGCAACCAAAUAACAGCGUGCAGGCAGAGAGUGGCACGGGGGGGGGUUGCUGUGCUUUGCUGGUGAUUUCUGACGUGCUCCUCUGCCAAAAUUGUUAAGAGGGGCUGUCUAAAAGACUUGAUAUUUUAGCUUUAUCGUGUCUUAAAAAUCUUCAGGACAGUCAAUCUUAAGAUUUCAUAUGCUAAUACUCCCUUUGAAGAUCUGUCAAUAUUCAGGAAUCUGAGAGUGUAAAAAGGUACCAAUUAUUGAUCUUUUGUAAACUAAGAAAACUGUUUAAAAUAAAAAAAAAAUAGCAUUUACAGUU